CUCAGCCACACAAACCAGGGAGAGACAGACACAGAGGAGCGAGAAGGCUACAGCACUGGGAAACCAAGGACACCAACUACCCUCACUCCACAGCUCAGCCAUGGGUUGCUUUGAAUGCUGCAUCAAGUGCCUUGGAGGUGUUCCAUAUGCUUCGCUGGUGGCCACCAUUCUGUGCUUCUCUGGGGUGGCACUGUUCUGUGGCUGUGGCCAUGUGGCUCUAACAGGGACGGAGAAGAUUGUGCAGACAUACAUCUCCACAAAUUUCGGUGAUCAUGCCUUGCUGACAGACAUAAUCCAGCUGAUGCAGUACGUUAUCUAUGGAAUUGCCUCUUUCUUCUUCCUGUAUGGUAUAAUCCUCCUGGCAGAAGGGUUUUACACCACCAGCGCCGUGAAGGAAAUUCAUGGCGAGUUCAAAACGACUGCCUGUGGGCGAUGCAUCAGUGGAAUGUUUGUCUUUCUGACCUACGUGCUGGGAGUGGCUUGGCUUGGAGUAUUCGGCUUCUCUGCUGUGCCAGUCUUUAUGUACUACAAUAUGUGGUCAGCCUGUCAGACGAUCAACUUCCAGUCAGUGAACCUGACGACACCCAUUGACCAGAUCUGUGUGGACAUCCGGCAGUACGGUAUUGUACCCUGGAAUGCUUCACCCGGAAAGGCCUGUGGCUCGUUCCUAGCUAGUAUCUGCGGGACACCAGAGUUUGAUUUGUCCUAUCAUCUGUUCAUCGUGGCUUGUGCGGGAGCUGGUGCUACUGUCAUUGCACUGCUCAUCUACAUGAUGGCUACCACAUAUAACUAUGCUGUUUUGAAGUUUAAGAGUCGAGAAGACUGCUGCACAAAAUUCUAGAGUUGCUAUAGAAGCAUUAUACAGAGCUCUACCAGCUGCACUGAGUAGCUUGAACUACCACUGACACCAUGGACUAAAACACAACUUAUUAAUCUACAUUUUGAAACAAAUAACUUGUAAAUAGCACAAGAAAGCAUCAUAUAUUGUAGUAUCAACACACUUAACAGUACUAUUUUAGUAUAUAAUUUGAAAUAACAUGACCAGCAUUAAGGUACACAAUCUGGCUAUUAUUUUUUGUGUGAAGGAGUCAAAUAGAUGUUCAAUCACAAGAAUCAGUGGCUCAGUCAUGAGAAGCAAAUUAAAUAGCUUUUCUUGUCAUUCACAGCCCAAAGCUGUCCAACAGAGAGCUUGUUGUUAAUUCUAACACCAGAUGUAAAAUCCGAUGUUUAAUAAACUCCUAGGCACUCACAUAGCCAAAAGGCCAACAAUAAGGCUCCCUGGAUGAUUUAAAAAGUCUUAAAAAAUUAAUAGAAGGAUAAAAUCUAUAUGAAAAUCAGGAAUAUGAGGAACUAUAUAGCAGUCCAAUGCAACUCAGAUUAAAAGGUGAUACAAUUAAUUCUAUUUCACAGAGAUGAAAGAUAUUGAGCCCUUUAAAUUAUUUUACCCUGGAAGUUUAUUUACAAACCUUUGGUCAUGAAUACUUGGGAUGCAAAAUGCCUUAUGCGUCUAAUUAGAGGGCCAUUAUCGAUCUGUGAUAAAGGGCUGAAUGGUCAUGUUAGUAUACGUGAUAUACAGUGACAAUGUGUGCUAACACAGCUGCAUAUGCCCAGUCAUCGCACAUCAUCAAUCUAACUACUUAGAGACACUAAGGAAUUUAUUUGCUGAAAGACCUUGCAUAUCUUUCAGCAAUAGACAAAGAAAGAUCUAUUCAGUGUGUCAAUUAUAUAGCUGGUUUCAAUAAUGUGCCCAUUGAAGGUAAAAAACAGAUUUUUAAAAAAAACCUAGUGAUUGAUGUCACUAUUUUAUUAUUUUAAAUAAAGACAGACCACAUAUUGCGUUUGAAAACUUUUGAGCUAACAAUCUGCCUAAAAGAAUUGGUACAGUAUUCAUAAGAGGUACGAUUGCAACAAAAGCAGGUUUGAGAAUCACAGGUAAAGAAAAUCAAGUCCAGAAAGUUGAUUCCUCGCCCUUAACUAUAAUAGAAGCUUAUUAUAAAAAAAAUGUUCCCAAAUAAACUCAAGAUCCAUUUCAGUUAAUCCAGGUGCUCAAUUCUCACUCAAAACACUUUGCUGGUCCUUCAUCAAUCCUGAGAACUGUUUGGUUCGUAGGAAUUGGUUUACUUGGCCACUGAAAUGUCAUGUUGAAUGUACGCAGGAAUUAACUUACUUUUUAAAUUAAUUAAUUGUAAUUAAAAUAUCUGUUAAUAUUCGUACAGAACAAAUUCCUGGACAUGCUGUUUUGUAAAAUUAAUUCCUCUACACUAAUUCCCCGAUUACUUGAAAUCACAUACCACCAUUCCUUAAAGUAGCUUAUUUUAAUUAAUUUGGUAUUCAUGUCAGUAAGCAUAGUGCAAAGGCGGUUGACUGAAAAUUAUUUUCCUCUCAAGCGAAUGAAAGGCAAUUACUAGUCCAAAUGCACUUUGAAUUCUUAACUAUUUGUUGGUUUCAAACAGUAAGAAGUUAAAGUUUAACAAUGAUCCUGAGUAAAUUUCCCGUCACCCUAGUUCAAACCUUAAACCGGAAAUUGCAGGAAAUGCACAGCAAACUAAUCAACAUUUGUCUAUUCUGGAUUUUCAACAUUUUCCGCUUUAUAUUUCCAACAUUCAGUUUUUUUGUAAAUCUUUCAAACCUUGCUAUUACUCAUAGGCUUACUUUAUUAUUGGCGGGGGCUACAAACCAAGGUUAAUUGUACCCAAUUUGUGCCUUGGUGCUAAGUAGCUCGUUGACUAUUUUUUGUUGAUAGAGUUAGUGUUCAAAAGCAUCUGUGCAUUGUAGGUAAAUUCAGCUCAGUACCGCUUUGUUUUAUCAGGUUUUAGGAUACAUUGGGGAGUAAUACUGUAUCUGUAAAUAGUACACAGGGAGUCAUGAAUUUACAAUCUAUAAAACUAUAAUCUAUAAUUUAAAUAAACUGUUUCGACUUUCAUUCUUGUCAACUCAAUUUACUAAGCAUUACAUUUUCAGUUUUUAAAUCUAUACAGUAUUUGUGUCAUAGUAUCUUAACAACAUUUGUUUUAAUUUUGAUAAUCAAAAAAAUACUAUUACUGAGUAGUUCCUGAGCAUCAGUAAUGUAACCAUCAGCGUUCCUCUAAGGAAUCACAGCAGUAACUGCAUGUAAGAUAAAUUAGAUUUGUAUAAGUAGUAAUUACAAAUUAUCAUAAACUCAUUCUGAAGGAUAUAGUUGUAAAUGUUUGUCUCUGUGCUAUGGAAAUAGAGCAGUAAGACUAAAUUGAUGCUUAAAUGCCUUUUUUUUAAAGAACUGCAAACAUGAACAAUUGAUCUAGAAGAUAAACCAUAUAAUAAGAUCUAAAAAUGGUUGAACUUGGUAUAAGAACAGUUUAAUCAAAAUGUGUAUAUGAUAUUUCUUUUUUUAGGUAAUGUUGACAACAAAAAAUAAAUUGGCAAAAUGAUUUGAUUGUGAGAAACGGACUCCUUAAAUGGUCAACUUUUGUAUCUUAAGCAUGGCAUAUAAUGUUUUUAGAUUGUUGCAACACAAAUGAUGACAACUAGAUAGAUUUGGUUCUAAAAUUGAUUUGGGAUGUUCUUUUUUCACAAAGGAAGUUUCUCUUGUGAAAUUGAGGAAAUGGUAUCAGUUUAAACUGAGAUUUAAUGAAAAAGGGAACCAGUGACUGCAUUUAACACUAACGACAAUUUUGCCCCAUAGUUACAUUGUGAUGGCAGCAAAGGAUUAAAUAAUUGUAUUGUGUUAAUUAAGGGUAAUACUUGCCUUUGCCUUUUUUAAAAAUCUUCAAUUGUGCCAUUAUAAUAUUUGUUAACCUCAAGACUGCAUGCUUUUUUGCUUGUUUUUUUUAGUCGCCUUUUGUUAAAAAGUUCCCACAUUUCAGCAUUAUUUAAUUUUCUUAAUACAGUAUUUGAAAUUGUAUGUAUAGACAAUUUAUUGACUCUGAGUCAUUUUUUUCUUCAUAUACUCAAAAUAAACAUGCUCUCUUUACAAAAA